AUGUACAUGUACUCCGUACAUACAUUAUUACUACGGUCUGUACUCCGUACAUGUAUGUACAUACACUGCGUCGCUCCUACCCCCGACGUUAUGCUGUCCUCUCCACCAACCGAGCCCCAAGCCUAUCGCGGUUAAGCUUUGCGCCGAGUCGCUUGGCACGCGUCUAAUCCCUGUCGAUUCGUCACCUUGGAGGCCAGACCUCGCGCUUACCGCUUUGGGGGCCUUGACAUAUCGCAUCAGAGCGUUCAUCGUCCUAGCACUUCCAGGAGUGGCUGAACAAGCUUGCGCCCUAGGUACUUUUUUUUUUUUCCAGGGCAAAGGAUCCUUCUUGCCUAUAAAAUUUAACUGCUUGGCGCUGGAUCACGAACAGCACCUUCCCAAAAUCACAGUUUUAUUUACCUUGAACCAAAUACGCCGGCCCAAAGGCUACAUCUAUACCUUCCCUUUUACGCCGUCCCUCAAAAAUGCCAUUGCUCUCUUCCUGAAUGCCGCCCAUUUUCGCCCUACACAUGUCCGGACCGUUACUUGUCAAUUGGGGAUGCGAACGCAACGGUUUGUCGUCCUUUUGGCGGUCGUCUGCCUCGUAGGGCUUUCGUUUGUGCUACUGGGCCAUCCAGUGCCAGCUGGGAGAGUGAAAGAAAGCGGGAAGAACAAUCCGUUAUUCAUCCCGACUGAAAACCGUCCCAAAAAUGUCGACCAUCAGCGGCAGCAGCAGCAGCAACAACAACAACAACAACAACAACAACAACCGCAGCAGCAGCAGCAGAAACAAAAUAUCCCUCACGAACAUCCUAUCACCGUCACAGACAAAUCCCAUCCAGUCGCCCAGCUAUUCGAUAACGCGAAUAGAAAGUUCGAGAAUGUCCGUGCCAGACAAUCCAAGACGCUCAAGGAUGCGGUGGAGGAAUACCGACGUCGUUACAAGAUGCCUCCCCCACCGAGAUUUGACGCGUGGUUCAACUUUGCACAGAAGCGGGGUGUGAAGUUGAUUGACGAGUACGAUACGAUAUAUCAUUCUCUUCUCCCGUUUUGGGGACUGGAACCCCAAUUAAUCCGAACGAGGGCGAAGGAGGUUAUUGGUUUUGAUAAUGGGGUUAUCGCCGUCUUGAUUCGGAGUGGCAAGGUUUCUAAAAUAGCCGGUGGGGGUGAGGGUAUUAUGUGGAAGCGAGAGGCACUGAAGAACAUGUUGGAGCGAUUCGUCAAAUACCUGCCUGACAUGGAUCUGGCCUUUAACAUCCAUGAUGAACCUCGGGUCGUUGUUCCAUAUGAUGACCUACAGCGUUUGGUGCUUCGUGCCGUAGAUAACGCUCUGCCGAAGGCCUUUGCGAACGCCUCCCCGAGAAACUCCUGGUCACCACGGCCCAAGGACUUGAACAAAGGCGAUAGGGUCGACGAGGUCAGGAUCACGCGAUUUAAUCGAUUUGCACAUCAACCCACAUGGACCAUUUCGCGCAUGUCCUGCCCUGUGGAUAGUCCCGCGCGAAGCCUCGACGAAACAGCUGCCGACAAUAUAACCGCUUACUCCUACUCGCAGCUUGGCUUCAUUUACAACACCACUGCUUUCUCAGAUGUGUGCUUGACCCCUUCCCUCCGCCACACGUUCGGGUUUUUCGACCGCCCCAAUGCGUUUGAUGUCACUCAUGAUCUCUUCCCUAUCUUCUCGCAGAGCAAGGUGUCUAGUUUCCAAGACAUUCUAUAUCCAAGCCCGUGGUACUGGGCUCAAAAGGUUCCAUACGAUGCUACGAUGGAUUACGAAUGGGAUAAUAAACAGGAGCAAAUGUACUGGCGCGGGUCAACAACGGGCGGCUUCUCCAGAGCAGGGGGUUGGCGGCGACAGCACCGACAGCUAUUCGUCAAACGGAUAAACGGGUGGGAUACGGCAAAGGUCUACGAACGAUCCACCACAGCUGCAGAAGACAAUGCAUGGACCCUCAAGGACGUCGCACGACGAAAAUUUAAACACAUCUUCAACGUCAAGUUCAGCCAUAUCGGCCAAUGCGAUCCAGAAGAUUGCAAAGCGCAAGCCGAGUUCUUCGACGUUGUGCAAUCUGCUGCCCAGCAGGAUGCGUGGCAGUACAAGCAUCUUGUCGACAUUGAUGGGAACGCGUUUAGUGGCCGCUACUAUGCGUUCCUGCAGAGUAAUAGCUUGGUAUAUAAGCUUGCGGUUUUCCGCGAGUGGCAUGAUGAAUGGCUCCGUGCGUGGGUGCAUUAUAUUCCCCUGAGUCUGCACGGGGAUGAGCAUGUGGAAACUGUACGAUAUCUUGCCACAGAGAAGGAAGGCCAGGCCAUUGCGCGAACGUUGGCGGCUCAGGGGCAGGAGUGGGCACAGUCAGCGUUACGAAACGAUGAUCUAGAGGUGUAUUUUUUUAGGUUGUUAUUAGAAUAUGGGAGAAUUGUGGAUGACAACAGGGAAAGUAUAGGAUUUUCUCCCUAACCUAAUUGCAAGAGGAAACGGACCCAUGAGGCGCCAGAUUUGCAUUUUUGCUCUGGGCAGGUGGUGUAUCUAUUUAUAUCUACGCGUACAUACUCUUUUUCUUGGUUCUGUUUUUAAUUGUCAAAACGUCGUCUUUUUUUUUCCUGCUACAUACCAUAUUUAUUAUCUCUUCUCACCGGGGCCGCCUAGGAAAACUGUUCCCUCCCCACUCCCCAUCAUAAUUCUUGGCCCUCUCUCUCCCAUCCACCUUCCUCGUUCCCUCUAACUCCUCGGCCCGGCUCCAGAAAACGUACUUAAUAUUCGGUUCGCCGAUGAGCCAGCACAUAGCAUACCGCAACCAGCAUGGAGCACGCACCGUGCAUCGUGCAGUACUUAUUUUCUCCCUUCCCUUUCCUUUCUUGAGCAUUCGCGUGGUGUAAUGAAAAUUUGCAGCAUUUAGUCGUUGAAUCUUGCAUUUUUCUUGUAUUCGCCUUUUUUUUGGUUUUGGUUUUGGCUUUUUACCUUUUUCCCCCCCUUUUCAGUCUCACCUUGAGGUCUAAUUCUCCUGCUCUUACAUACCUAUACCCUUUUAUUAUUUGUAUAUGGUUUUCUAUUUUUUUGUAAAAUAAAGAUAGAUAAUCUCUCGGCAUGGGAAAAUUCUCUUGACGAAGCGGCGCGCUGCUGUCUCCUAAUUUUCUUACUUGCCAUGUGAAUUCCUCUCUUUCUUGCUUUCUUUUUAUUCUUUCUUUCCCCCCCUUCCAUUUUCACAUUCAAGGAUGACAUGUUGGUGCUAGGUUGUGUAGAUGAUGGGAAUUGGAUGUUAGAAAACAGACUGUAUCUGAUUGCUCCUUAAUGUACAGAGAUGUUGCACAUAGGAAAUGUGUAUAGGCAGGUAUUUUUAUCUACUAGCUUUUGAUUCCCGUAUAUAAUUAGUUUAUACAAACUUAACAUGUGCCAAAAAGUUCGAAACAACAAUUUCCUUACGUGCAAAAGGCAACA